AUGAAGCAGAUUAAGAUCAAAGACUUUCCUUUGUACAGGCACGAGUACUGUGGACGAGAUACUGCUUUUCAUGCGUUUACUGUUGCUUUGUCGCAAAAAUGGGCUUAUGCACUGAUUCUUUUCCCCUUUUCUAUCUUCGCUACCUCUGGUAAAGCAACGGUAUACCAGCGCGCCCCACUUUUACACGUCUCACACCGAAAGUAUCCUCAAGCUCCGGUUUUGAUCAACCUCCAAAUUGUGAUCCAAUGCCAGUGCCAUCCUAUUGACCUCCAUGUGCUUACUUUAACUGGUAAUGGAGUAGGCUCGUUUUUAGCUACAGCCUUCUUUCUACAUAUGUCGUUAGGAUUUGCUACUAUUGUUAUAUCUGCCAUUGGUCUAUUAGGUCUUUACACGAACCACAAACGCAUCAUCAGCUGUUUUGUGCCUCUCGCUUUUCUCAUUAUCGUUCUCGUUCUUGUCGACGAUGUUGCGUCUCUGCUAGAAAUCGGUAUGCGAAAAAAGAUAUUCAUUAAUGCAUGUAUAAGCAAUGCAAGCCAUCGGCAUAGAGCGCACCAAAAUAGUGCUGCUCAGCAUCAGACAUGCGAAGAUCACUGGAGUGCAUUACUAUGGAUAAGGCUGAUUAUAUUGCUUGUUAAUAUAUGCGGAAAUGCGUUUUAUGCUCUCCUUGUCAACUCUGUUCGCCUGGAUUUGGAGCAGUACCCUGUCGAGGAAGCUAUGUCCCUACCAGCGUACCGAGCUGAGCCAGAAAGACAAGCAUGCCUACAACCUGGUGUUUUGGCCGCUACAAUGCCAGAGUAUAUCAUGACACCACCUCCAGCCUAUGCCCCUGCAAAACCUGUCCCUAUUAAUAUUUCAUCAAUGCAAUGACCUGUCAUUUCUGC